CUUAAAACGCGUUCAAUCUUUAAGAAAGGAAUUGGAUUACAUUAAAGCAACAGAGUGGAGAUAUCAACCAAUUGAUCGGUAUAUGGAUAGAAGUAAUAAAAAUUAAAUAUGCUAUCACUUAUACAUAACUUUAUAAAGUAUACUAUAGGAUAUAAGUCAACUACUAAAGGUGAAACAGACGAAAUAAACAAUGUCAUAGCUCGAAUUGAGAAUGCUUAUGAUAAAGAAACACAAGAAGAUGAAUAUUCGAAUAAAGAUGUUUGUUAUUAUAAAACAGGAAACAUAACAUUGAUUGCUACAGAUUAUAUUGUAAUUGAUGACUUUUAUGUGUGUGAUGCAGUAAACAUUUUAAUAAAAAACUUAAAAGUAGGUGAUAGAGUUUAUUACUUGGCUUCACAAGAUAAUGAGAAAGAAUACAAAAUAAAAAAAAUAAUUUCUGUGAUACCUGAUUCAUGGGAUAAUGAUGUGACAGAUUUUGAAGCGAAUAUUGUUGAACCACAAUCAUUAACAAAAUGUGUUAUUGGAAAAGUUAUAGAGCGUAAGAAUCGGCUAUUAGUUGUAGAGCCUAAUAACAUUUCUGUUGACUUAAAUACAGUACAAUCUGAAUUUAUUCCUGUGAUUGGAGACUGGUUAAAGUUAGAAUCAAAAGUAGAAAUCAAUGAAAAUUCUGAUAAUCUAAAUGAAGAAAUUUCAGAAGUAAAAAAAAUAGAACCUUUGCGAUCUAAGUUAGAUAUUGGUACUAUAUCUAGUUAUGAUCCAAUUAAAGAAAUAGGUAUUAUUGGAAAAGAUACUGUAUUUAAUAAAAGAAUAUGUGAUUCUGGAUACAUUCCUUGUGUUGGUGAUAAAGUGAUUAGUGACAGUAUUGAAAGUGAUCAAGGAAUUUAUACAUGGAGGUCAUUGACAGUGGCCCCAAUACUUCAGAUCUCUGGAAAAGAAACUAAAUUACCAGCAUUGUGUAAUACUCUUGUAACAAAAAAGAAUUUAAAGAAACUUGCAAAAAACAAGUAUGAUAUUAUUAUUAGUGACAAUUUAAAUAUUGUUUUAAAUGUAUUGGAAGAAGCUAAUGUUACUGUUACAAUAGAAAAUGUAGGUAAUACUGCUCAUGUAUUGCACAGAGGUUGUUUCAUGAUAAAAAAGGCCCAUUCUCAAUUAACUUUAAUACAACCUACUAAUCCUAAUACAGUUUCAGUAUUAAAUCCUUCUGAUACAUUAACUUACAUAUUUAAAUGCACAGCAAAGUUUAUUGGUACAAGCAAAGAAUUAUUUAUCUUUAAUUUCAAAAGUUUUGAAAUUGGAAGAGUUUUUAAUAUUACUGUUAAACCUAAAACUAUACAAAACAAGUCAUAUUGUAAAAGUAAUAAUAUCAACUUUAAUAAAUGUUGCUUGCCAGACCUAGAUGAAUGGAAUCAAGAUACAUACAUUCCAGGCAUUCGUCCAUGUAGACCACCAUCAUUUAUUAAAGUACGAAAUGCCACAUUCAAAGUUCCUAAAUACUAUUGGGACAUAAUAUCACAGUGCAUCAAUGAAAAAAAAUCACAAACUGAAUGUGAAUAUGACAUAGGAAAUUCUAUACCUUACCUAUUGAAUAGACUCUGUUUUGAAUCAUAUAAAGAUCGUUUUCAUGCUCUAUUAUAUUUAGAAGAAAUUGCUCAAACAAUAAAUAUGCAACAAUAUAAUAUAGAAAGCACAAUUAUGAGACGUUCUGGAGAAUAUCUGGUUAUGCAAGUGCCUGGACUUGCAGAGAAACGUCCAUCUCUUAUUAUUGGUGAUCGUGCUAUAGUAUCUUUUAAAUGGGAUAGUUCUCAAGGAAAAUUGAAAAAAUAUGAAGGAUUUAUUCACAAAGUUGCAAAUUUGCAAAUUUUUUUAAAAUUCAAUCAUAAAUUUCAACAAGAGUAUAAUUAUGAAGAUUGUCAAGUAACAUUUAAAUGUUCACAAUCGACUAUACAACGUUGUCAUAAUGCAAUUAAUAUGGCUGUACAUCGUCUUGGUCUCAACUUUUUAUUUCCUACACAUGUAAUUGAAAAAGAAUCUCAAUUAAAUCUUGAAGAAUUUGAGGAAAAGGAUAAACCAAUUUUUAAAAAAGUGACUCAUCAACGGACCGAUUCUGUAUCAUCCGAAUCCUCUUGUACUAGUACUACAUCUACAAGUAAUAAAUCUAAUAGUACAACAAAAUCAUUUACAAAAAUGUCAGUUGCACAAAGAUUAUUUAAUGUUAAACCUAUAAAAAAAAAUAGAGAAGUUCCAAUCAAAUCUAAUACAGCAACUAAAGACAAUCAAUGUAUUGAAGUAAAGAAUGAAACAAAUAUCAAUACAAAUUCAAUAAAUACAUUACUAGAAAAUUCAAAAGAAACAUCAAUUGAUUCUUGUAAUGCAGAAUUAAAGCCAUUUAUUUCACAAGUAAGAAAACGAAAAUUAAUUUGGUUUAAUAAAAAUUUGAAUCAUUACCAAAAGGAAGCUGUAAGAAAUAUAUUAAAAGGACAUGCACGACCAUUGCCUUAUGUGAUAUUUGGACCACCUGGUACAGGAAAAACUAUUACUCUUUGUGAAACAAUUCUGCAAAUCUUAUCAACUAUACCUGAAAGUCGAAUGCUAAUUGCAACACCAUCUAAUAGUUCAGCAAAUCUUAUAGCAGAAAGACUUGUAGAUAGUGGUGUACUUAAACCUAGUGACAUGGUGCGGCUUAUAGCUUAUCAUUAUUUAGGUAGUGAUUCUAUACCUAAUAAACUAUUACCCUACUGUGCAACUGCAGAAUUAGCAGACGAAACGACAAUUGAGAAAACAAAGUAUAACGGAGUAGGACCAAGAUUAAAUUGUACUAUGAACGUACUUGGUCGCCAUAGAAUUACAAUUGGUACUUGUAUUUCUCUGGGAAUAUUAUACAAUAUGGGUUUUCCUCGUGGUCAUUUUUCACAUGUACUAGUUGAUGAAGCUGGCCAAGCAACAGAACCAGAAAUCAUGAUUCCACUUAAUUUUAUUCACUCUGAUUACGGGCAAGUAGUUCUUGCGGGAGAUCCGUUGCAACUUGGACCAGUUGUACAAAGUAGAAUAGCAAAGAAUUUUGGUUUAGACGAAUCGUUUUUAUCGAGAUUACUACGACAUUUUCCUUACCAAAGAGAUCCUAAUGGUUUUGAAGCACAGUAUGAUUCCCGACUUGUCACAAAGCUUGUUAUAAAUUAUCGCAGUUUGCCAGAAAUACUCGAACUAUCAAGUUCAUUGUUUUAUGAUUCUGAAUUAGUAACACAGGUAUCUUGUAAAAAAAGUAAAGAAGCAAGACUUUUACAAACAUUAGCUGCUGAACUACCAAAAAGGAAAAAUUCUCCACCAGCUAUGAUUUUUCAUGGUGUAAAUGGGGAGAAUUGUAAAGAUAAUGAUAGUCCAAGUUGGUAUAAUCUCGAAGAAGCAACGCAAGUUUAUCUUUAUCUGUUAAAGCUAUAUAAAUGUGGUCUUUCGCCUGAUGACAUUGGAAUUAUAACACCUUAUCAAAAACAGGUUAUUCAAAUUCGAGAGUUACUUAUGGAGUUAGAUGUGGAAUUACCAAAAAUUAGUAGCGUUGAAGGAUUCCAGGGUCAAGAGAGAAAUGUCAUCAUCAUUUCAGCCGUACGAUCUUCAAUUAAUUUUGUAAAUGAAGAUAUCAAACACUCUCUUGGAUUUGUUGCUUGUCCCCGAAGACUUAAUGUUGCAAUUACUCGUGCCCGUGCUUUAGUUAUUAUUUUAGGAAACCCUACACUUUUAGCUCAAGAUCCAUACUGGAGAAGUGUCUUAAUAUAUUGUAUCAAUCAAGAUUCUUAUACCGGAUGUAGUUUUGGUUUAUCUGAUAUAGAAGAUCCUCGAGUAGAAUCAAACAAUUCUUUUGUCGGUAACGAAAUUGACAACUUAUGAUAAUU